AUGGAAAGAGAUGAUUUGGACUAUAUGUAUGUUAAAUAUGCCAGGGUUUGGAUCCCUGAUCCAGAGGAGGUCUGGAAGUCAGCAGAACUUCUCAAAGAUUAUAAACCUGGAGAUAAAGUCCUCCAACUUCGACUUGAAGAGGGCAAGGACCUAGAAUAUUGCCUAGAUCCGAAGACGAAGGAGCUCCCGCCCUUGCGAAACCCUGACAUACUUGUUGGUGAAAAUGACCUCACAGCGCUCAGUUAUCUCCAUGAACCUGCUGUUUUACACAACCUCAAAGUUCGAUUUAUAGACUCGAAACUAAUCUAUACCUAUUGUGGUAUCGUGUUAGUGGCCAUAAAUCCUUACGAACAACUGCCUAUCUAUGGCGAAGAUAUCAUCAAUGCCUACAGUGGCCAAAAUAUGGGGGAUAUGGAUCCACAUAUCUUUGCGGUGGCUGAAGAAGCGUAUAAGCAGAUGGCCAGAGAUGAGCGAAAUCAGUCGAUCAUUGUCAGUGGGGAAUCUGGAGCCGGAAAGACUGUCUCUGCUAAGUAUGCCAUGAGGUACUUUGCCACGGUCAGUGGGUCUGCCAGUGAAGCCAACGUUGAGGAGAAAGUCUUGGCCUCCAACCCCAUCAUGGAGUCUAUUGGAAAUGCCAAAACUACAAGGAAUGACAACAGCAGUCGCUUUGGGAAAUACAUUGAAAUUGGUUUUGAUAAGAGGUAUCGAAUCAUUGGUGCUAACAUGAGAACUUACCUCUUGGAAAAAUCAAGAGUGGUGUUUCAGGCAGAAGAGGAGAGAAAUUACCACAUCUUUUACCAACUUUGUGCCUCUGCAGCAUUACCUGAGUUUAAAACUCUGCGUUUAGGAAAUGCGAAUUACUUUCACUAUACAAAGCAAGGUGGAAGCCCUGUGAUUGAUGGUGUUGAUGAUGCUAAAGAAAUGGUAAACACUAGGCAAGCCUGCACUUUGCUAGGGAUUAGUGAUUCCUACCAGAUGGGAAUUUUUCGAAUCCUUGCUGGCAUCCUUCACUUGGGCAAUGUGGAGUUUGCAUCUCGGGAUUCCGACAGUUGCACUAUUCCUCCCAAGCAUGAACCCCUCACCAUCUUCUGUGACCUCAUGGGCGUGGAGUAUGAAGAGAUGGCCCACUGGCUUUGCCAUAGGAAGCUUGCGACUGCCACUGAAACCUACAUCAAGCCAAUUUCUAAACUUCAUGCCAUCAAUGCCAGAGAUGCACUUGCCAAACAUAUCUAUGCUAAUCUCUUUAACUGGAUUGUAGAUCAUGUGAACAAAGCGCUUCACACAACUGUAAAACAGCAUUCUUUCAUUGGAGUGUUGGACAUCUAUGGGUUUGAAACGUUUGAAAUCAACAGCUUUGAACAGUUCUGUAUCAACUACGCCAAUGAAAAACUGCAGCAGCAGUUCAAUAUG